AUGGUAACUCUUAAACCAGAUGAACAGGAGACUGAACACGUGGUAUCCAAGCAGAAGUAUUACAUUGAGGUUGAUCAACCUAUUAAUAAACCUGAAAUUCAACCAGUUAUUGAACCGGUUAUGGAAUUUGAACAGGUCACUAAUCCUGAAGAACAACAGACUAACAAUUGUGCAGAGAUUUAUGCAGUAAUUCGUGCAUUAGAAAUAUGCCAAGAUGAAAGAAGACUAUUAGAAAUCAUAACAGAUAGUAAAUAUGUAACUAAUACGAUGGAAACUUGGAUUAAAAAAUGGGAAGAAAACAAUUAUAUAAGUUAUUAUCAUAAACCUAUAAAUGGUCCUGAAAUUUUAUUGCAAUUUAUGAUUAAGAUGAAUCUUGAGUUUGAUGCUGAGAGUGUUUUCAGUAAGAAGAGGAAACAAUAUGAUAAUUCUGAAUUGUUUCCGGAUUCUGAUAUGGAUGAAGCUAAGAUUCUGUCCGAUCAAAGCAAGAAGACCAGACUUUUUAAUCCUAUUACUGUAACUACCGGUUUUAAAAAAAAGAAAACCAGAUGGGGGUUUGAAAACAAUCAUAUAUUUUCUAAUCUUACGGAUGAAGUGAAAGAAUAUUUAAGAUCGUGUUGGGCUAUGGGUAUAAUGUUUCUGAUUGAAGAGUCAUGCAAGGAUUUCAGAAACCAGAUGCUUGACAUCAAAGCAAUAAUCAAAACUGCGCAAGAAGAGCUAGAUCACAUGUCAUUUCUUCAGACACGUGCUAUUUACGUUGCUUUGGUUCAACAGAAAAAUCUUUUUAUCACGGAUGAUACAGGUACAGGCAAAACACGUGUUCUGAAGUUCAUUAUGGCACAUUACCAAAUGAUUUUUGGUACCAAGAUCAAGGUCACCAUGUCGAUGGGUAAAGCAGCUCUUGAAUUGAGAUCCGACGAUAUAACUAGUAAAACCAUCCAUUCCGCGUUCAGACUCAUUGGAGUAAAGGCACUGAUCAUAGAUGAAUGUUCGAUGGUGAAUGAGAACCUUUUUGAUUCUAUUGUGUAUCUUUUUAAGCGAGAACCUUCUUCGAAAUUCUUGGAAAGAUAUGAACUUUACUUACGUUGGGAUGAUGGAGAUUUUCAGACAGAGUGCAAAUAUUCAGAAGAUGAUGCCGUUCGUCUGUUUGCAUUCAAUAAGUUUUGUGAUCAGUACAAUGAUCAACGAGAUUCGUCGAUUGGAGCCAGGGUUAAGAAACAUAAGAGAGAUGAAAGAAAGCUUGAAUUUGAGGGUGAAGCAAUUGGUCGAGAAACAUCUCAUCCUCGAAAAGAUAUUCACUAG